CAGCAUUCUGGGAAAUGUAGUCGUGCCCUCUGUGACGUCACAAGCAGCCGCUCCGCGAACCGCACUUCCGCAUCCCGUCUGCAGACGUUUGUCUUCCCCUAAGUUAGCGGUGCUGUGUCCUGCUCCUCGCUCUCGGUCGGAUCUCUGACAUGGAGGAAAUGCUGUCAUUCAGGGAUGUGGCCAUUGAUUUCUCUGCCGAGGAGUGGGAAUGUCUGGACCUUGCUCAGUGGAAUCUGUACAGGGACGUGAUGUUGGAGAAUUACAGCAACCUUGUGUUCCUGGGUCUUGCAUCCUGUAAGCCAUACCUGGUCACAUUUCUGGAACAAAGACAAGAGCUUUCAGAUGUGAAGAGACCAGCGGCAGCCACCAUGCACCCAGGGGGAAAGCCGUAUAAAUGUCAAGAAUUUGACAAGGCCUUUGAUUGGAACUCACUUCUUAUUCAACACCAGAGAAUUCAUCCUGUGGGAAAACCCUACAAAUGUGAAGAGUGUGGUAAGGUCUUUAGUGCUCACUCAGCACUUUCUAUACACCAGAGAAUCCAUACCGGAGAGAAACCCUACAAGUGUGAGGAGUGUGGCAAGGCCUUCAGUACUCGCUCAGCACUUUAUAUUCACAAGAAAAUCCACUCUGGAGACAAACCCUACAAGUGUGAGGAGUGUGCAAAAGCCUUUUAUUUCCCUUCAUUACUGAAGCAACAUCAAAGAACUCAUUCUGCAGAGAAUCUCUGCAAGUGUGAGGAAUGUGGCAAGGCCUUCUAUUUACCGUCAUUCCUUAAGCAACAUCAAAGAAUUCAUUCUGCAGAAAAUCCUUAUCGGUGUGAAGAAUGUGGCAAAGCCUUUUCCUAUCCCUCAACCCUAAAGCAACAUCAAAGAAUUCAUUCUGGAGAGAAACCAUACCGUUGUGAAGAAUGUGGCAAAGCAUUCCGUAGGUCAACGUACUUUCACCAACACCAAAGAAUUCAUACUGGAGAGAAACCCUACCAGUGUGAAGAGUGUGGGAAAACAUUCUACUAUCGUUCAAACCUGAAGGGACAUCAGAUCAUUCAUUCCGGAGUGAAACCGUACAAGUGUGACGUGUGCGGCAGCAUGUUUAGAACCAGCUCAGACCUUUCGAAGCACCAGAGGAUUCAUGCUGAAGUGAAGAUGUACAGCUGUGAGGAGUGCGGGAAGGCCUUUUCCACUCAUUCUUACCUCAUCCGGCACAAGUUAGGCCACUCUAGAGAGAAACCGUACAAAUGUGAAGAGUGUGGCAAAACCUUCUGUUAUCCUUCCAUCCUUAAAGAACAUCAAAGAAUUCAUUCCGGAGUGAAACCUUACAGUUGCGACGUGUGUGGCAGCAUGUUUAGAACUCGCUCAGAACUUUCCAAGCACCAGAGAAUUCAUGCGGAAGUGAAGCUCUACAACUGUGAGGAGUGCGGGAAAGCCUUUUCCACCCACUCUUACCUCAUGAGGCACAGACUUGGGCAUUCUGGAGAGAAGCCCUACAAAUGUGAGGAAUGUGGGAAGUCAUAUAGCUACCCUUCACUCCUUAAGGAACAUCAAAGAAUUCAUUCUCAAAAUCCCUACAAGUGUGACGUGUGUGGGAAGGUGUUCUGUACUCGCUCAGGACGUUCUAAACACCAGAGAAUUCAUACCGGAGAGAAACCCUACAAGUGUGAAGAAUGUGGCAAGGGGUUUUCUACUCAUUCAUAUCUUACUCUGCACAAAUUACUUCAUACUGGAGAGAAACCUUUUAAAUGGGAAGAAUGUGGUGAGGUUUUUUAUACUUGCUGAAGACUUACUAAACACCAGUAAAUUCACAUUGGAGGAAACCCCACAAAGGUAAAGAAUGUCAAAACUCUUUACUGUACUUCAGACUUUAAAUAACACCACAAAAAUUUAUACUGAAGAGAAACCAUACUUUUAUUAAUUGUUAAGCCUUUAUUAUAUACAAGGUACUUCCUACUGUAGAAAAACUUUACAGAUGUGAGGAAUGUGGCCAAAUGUUUUACCGCACUUCAAACUUUAAGAACCAGCAAAGGGCUCAUUCUCACGAGAAUCCCUUAGUGUGACAUAUGUGACAAGGUAUUGUGUGCUACCAGAGUAUUUAUCCUGGAGAGAAACUUUCCAAGUAUGAAGAAUUUGGGAAGUCCUUUUUAACCUAUUCACCCCUGAUUCUGCUCAGUCUUGGCAAAGUUUGGGAUGGGUGUUGUUUUUUUGUUUUAGGUUAACUAUGCUCAGAAUUGUUGAUUAUGGGAGGAACCAAACCAUGUCUGUUGGGCAAGGAUCCUGGAUUAUAUACAAGGAGAAAGUGAACAGAGAACAAGCGUUCCUCUAUCUUCCUCUGUUUUCUGACUGUCCAGGCAAUAUGAACUGCUGCUUCAGCUCCUGCUGCCCUAAAUUCCCUACCAUGAUUCACAGUGUCGUGAUUUGAACGAGAAAUGUACCCUGUAGUCUUAAGCAUUUGAAUUUGUUCCCCGAGUUGGUGGCUCUGUUUGGAGAGAUUUAGAAGUAGGUCACUAGAGGUGAACUUUGUGAAUAAAAACCUCCCUCUACAUCCAGUUUGCUCUCUCUGCCUCCUGUCUACCACUGAGGAUGUGAACUCUCAGCUUCCUGCCUCAGCCACCGUGCAGCUUGUUGCCAUGUCCUCCCUUCUCCGUGGACUGUGAUCCCUUCUAUACCGCAAACUGAAGUAAAGUCAUGCCUCUGUUAAGUUGCCUGGUCAUGGUGUUUAAUCACAACAGAAAAGUAACUAAUAAAAACAUUGCCCUUCUUCCAGGAACAGUAUUAAACUGUUUCUACUACA